GUGGUAUUUUCCCAGCGCGUAGUACGAAAAAGUUGAGAUGCUAUCUGUUGAUGUGAGUUCUUCAGUGUUAAAUUGAUGACAUGUACGUUUCAAAGUGCCAUGAGGACUGUUAUGAACAGAGAUGGCCAAAGGUGAAUACAAUUGUGAAGCGCAUCCUCAAUACUGAGAAUGUCAGUAGGGACGAGUGGCAGAAUAUGUUUGCGUAAGGAUUUUACCUCAUGUUUAUUGUUUAGAGAUGUACAUUAUAUCGUCUCAUGGCAAGAAUCAGCAACAGCCGCCAUCAUUUCUUCUCUUACAGAAACUGUUAAGGAAUCGAUUAUGAGAGUUCAGCAGCUUGUUAUGCGUAAUCAAGAUGAAUCUUCAUUGUUAAAAUCAUACAUAGCUCAAUGGAAUAAAUUUUCUAAACAAAGCGAAUAUCUUCCACAACCAUUUAGUCCAUUAGAAAACUACCUGGUUGGUAAGCAUCUUAACGGUCCCAACAAACGUCAUCUUCAAGAAAGUACUAUUAGAAAACUGAUGCUGGAAACGUGGAACAGUACGAUCUACGAAUCCAUCAAGCAAAAGCUUCUGGACAGUGCUAUUAAGCUUAUACAAGAUGAGAGAUGUGGUCAGGUUAUUGAUUCACAGCUCGUCAUAGGUGUUCGUGAGUCCUGUGUCAAUUUAUCUACGUUAUCAGAAAAAUCCUUUCGAAUAUAUGUGGAUAAUUUCGAAAAAGCAUAUAUUGAAAGCACAGAGAGUUUUUAUCGUAUACGUAUAGAUGAAUACAUUCAGAAACAUGGAAUAAGAAGUUACAUGCAAUACGCUUUGCAGAAAUUAGCUGAAGAAGAGACUCGAGCUGUAAGAUAUUUAGAAACUCAGCCAGAAUUCAAUUCCGUCCCUAAGUUAAUGAAAGUAUGCCUCAAGACAUUUGUAGUCGACUAUAUGGACCAUAUACUCUCAGAAGUUCCAAGACUGUUGCAUGAAGAAGAUACAAACCAGCUAAGAUUGUGCUAUGAAUUAGUUAAUCGAGUUCCACAAGAAAUUGACCGCUUAUUAGUACUUCUGGAGGAAUAUAUUCGACAAACAGGCUUGAAGGAUAUACGCACUAAUGCAGAGAUUAUGCUCAAAGAUGCAGAUAAAUAUGUAUGCCGUUUGUUAAAUUUAUACGUUCGUUUUUCACGUAUGGUCAAUGAUGCGUUCAAUAAUGAUCCACAUUUUCUAACUGCACGUGACAAAGCUUAUCAAGACAUUGUAAAUAAUACAUCAGUUUUUGUGACUGAAAUUCCAACUUCUGUUUGUAGCGGUAUUUCACGUGUAGAAUCUCGUUGUCCUGAAUUGUUAGCGUCUUAUUGUGAUAUGUUACUUCGCAAGUCACCAACUAAUCGUCGUUUAACAACUGAUGAAAUUGAACAAAAAUUACGCAAUGUUUUAUUAGUAUUAAAAUAUGUCAAUAGUAAAGAUAUUUUCAUGCGUGUUCAUAAAUCUCAUCUCACUCGACGAUUAAUUCUAGAAACAUCAGCUGAUAAUGAAAUGGAAGAAUUAAUGGCUGGACGUUUACGAGAAGUUGGAAUGCCAGCUGAACAAAUUAAUAAACUUGGUCGAAUGUUUCAGGAUAUUAAAAUAUCACAUGACCUCACUUCUGAAUUCAAAGAAAAAUAUAAAAUAUCUCCACAAUGUUCUACAUCAUGCAUAUCAAAUAAUACACCAUCGUUAAAUUUAGACAUCAUAACCAUUAAAAUAUUGAGCGGUGGUGCAUGGCUUUUACGUCCUCAGCCACAAUCAUCUAUUUCAUUACCAGCGGAGUUAGAAGAUUUCCUUCCUCAGAUUGAAGAUUUCUAUCGUCAGAAACAUCAAGGUCGGAGUCUUCUAUGGCAACAUCAUUUAUCUCACGGAGUACUGGCUUAUACAAGUGAUCAUGGUCGUUAUGAAUUUGAAGUGACCACUUAUCAGCUUGUUGUUUUAUACGCUUGGAAUAGAAGAUAUGAUCAACACCUUCAUUUAGAUUGUUUGCUUACUUCGACUGGUUUACAAGAUGUUGAUCUUCGUCGAACAUUAUGGUCACUAUGUGAACAUCCUAAAUUAGAACAACAGAUUAUUUGUUAUUCUCCUAAAGUAAGCUCUGAAAAACAAUUCACUGCUAAAACAGAAUUCUGGCUUAAUUUAAAAUUUACAAAUACGAAAAUGGGCAAAGUUCAAAAUCGACGAAGAAUCAAUCUGAUAGGUCGACUCCAAUUAACUCAUGAAAUAACAAAUGAAGAAGAAAGUAUGGCUAUUGUGGAAUUACGUCAACUACGUGCACAAGAGGGCAUAAUUAAAUUAUUGAAAACACGUAAACGUUUACAUCAUAAUGAAUUAUAUCAAGAAUUAGUUGAUCUAUUACGAUUUCAAUUUGUUCCAUCGAAACGAUUAAUUAAAGAAGUAUUAGAAUGGCUUAUUGAUAAACAUUAUGUUCGCCGUGAUAAUAACGAUAUGAAUGUGUUUGUAUAUGGUACUUGAAAAUUGAAUGCCUUUCUGUUUUUCAUAGUUCGCUUUUUUAAAUUUAUUUACAUGAAAUCAAUUAGAUCUUCAUCCGUCCUACCCCUCUGUUUUAUACUUCCCUGUAAUUAGUCUUCGAAAGAAAAAAACACACUCAACGAAUGCAUUGGUG